AUGUUUCCAUUUCUAGUGAGUAAAAAUAUGAAAGUUAGCUUAUCAUCAGGCUAUGAAAUGCCUCUUCUUGCUUUUGGAACGUUUAAGAUUGAACAAAAUGAAGCAGAUCAAGCUAUACUUUCAGCUAUUCAAACUGGAUAUCGUCAUAUCGACUGCGCUUCGUUUUACCUAAAUGAAGAGCAUAUUGGUGAGAGUAUUGCUAAUGCAAUAAAUUCAGGGGCAGUAGCCAGAGAAGAACUAUUCAUAGCAACAAAAGCUUGGCCAACUCAAUAUCGCGAUAUUAGAUCAGCCUGCAUUAAUUCAUUGAGGAGGCUUAAAUUGGAAUAUCUAGAUCUCUACAUUCUCCAUUGGCCUCUUGCAGUUAAAUCAAACCUUGAAGACCCACCUGUAUUCACUCCAUCAGCUGACAAUUAUAAAAUUUUUGAUAGAUACCCAUUGCAUUUAGCAUGAAAGCAAAUGGAAGAGCUAGUGAAAGAAGGCUUAGUUAGAAGCAUUGGAGUUAGCAAUUGAACUGUUGGGCUUUUAAAUGAUUUGCUUAGUUAUGCAACUAUUCCGCCUGUCUGCAAUCAAUUCGAAACUCAUGCAUAUUACCAAAGAAAAGCGCUUAUUGAAUUUUGCAAUUUGAAUAAUGUAAUACCAAUGGGAUACAAUGUAAUUUUAAAGCCUCCAAAUAACCCAUAUUAUCAUUAUAAUGAAACUGCUCUUGAGGACCCAGCUGUUAUCCAAAUAGCUGAAAAAAUGCAAAAAACACCUGCCCAGGUUUUAUAUUAGUUUAAAUAAAAUUCUUGAUUUUCAUAAGGAGAUAUUUUUAUAAUAGAAUUAUUAAAUUAAAUUUAAAUUCAUUAGCAAAGUGUAUAAUUAAAUGGAAUUUGCAAAGAAGAUGCGGCUGUGUGGUUAAAUCUAUAACUCCUUCAAGGAUCCAAGAGAAUUGGCAAAGCCAAUUUUUUGAUUUAGCUGAAGAAGAUAUGAAUACAAUCAACUCAUUUACGAAGCAUGGGGUAUUUUUAGAUCCAAGUAAAAUGUUUGGCAUUGCGCUGAAUGAUUAA